AUGGAUCCUUCCGUCGCACAUCGCCCAUGGGAGGCAGUCUCAGGACCUCAGACAUCACCAGCCUCGUCACAAACCCUACCCUCGAUUUCAACUCUUACCGCAAAUAUGCCCGGGGCUGGAACUCCCGCGGAGAAGUCCCCCGGACAUGCCUCCUUAAAUACGAUUGAGCGGGACUCGGGGAAUUGGUCAAUACCGCAGAGCACAAGUAGGAGACCCUCGCCUGGUAUCGAUUGGGAGCGCCGCGGUGCUGACCAUGUAGGAUCGUCCACCUACUCUACUACAACCAAUGGCACCGGGAACAACUAUCCCUCCCUCGGCUUCAUUGCCGCGUCGCAACCCUCCCCGAAUCGCGGACACCCGGCUGUCGACCGCUCCCCUUACCCCCACGAUCAAUCGACUACCCCUUCCUCCGCAGGCACCCAACAACCGUCCCCGAACUUCAAUACCCCCACUUCCGCCCUCCCUUCCAUCAAUCAGAAUUACGAGGCUCCCUCCCAACGGGUGAGUGUAGCAGAGACCACCGAAUCCCGGCGCAGCAGCGUCGACAGUCGCAUGAACCAAGGGAUCAGUUCUCUGGCGAUCAACCCCGCCUCCCCCUACCACAGCACCAACGCGUCACAAUCCUCCAUUGUCUCCAGUCUGCAACGAGAGCGCGGAAUUCCGACCGACAUGAAUUCAUACCGGGGACCCCGCUAUUCGGGAGGGAGCCAGCCACUUUCCCCGCUGGGCCCUCGGGUCACCGAUCAACAACGGAGCUUCGCAGCCGGUCGCACGGCUCCGGCAAUUUCCUCGAAUCCUCGAUCGGAGAUCUACAAUGCCGAAGCACCCACUGCGGGUAUGGCCUAUGCCUUCCCCGACCCGGCCGUGGCGCGCUCGAGCUCCGUCUCCUCCAAGGGGGAGUCCAAUCCCCCAUUCUCCCGAAAAGGCAGCAUGGCCGAGUCUAUGAACAGUAUGUACUCUGAGCGCAUGCCCCGAGGACAACACGGUACGGUUAUGCACCCCACCAAACUUCACUCUGCCGGCGCAACGUGGCUCAUCACUCUUCCAGACCUACCCCAAAAUGUACACCACCACCAUUCCCUCCAACACAAGGCAGUGCGAGAUUUAAUCGGCGAAGAAGAGGGACCGCCAGGCAGCACACCAUACAGUCGUACACCCGAACUCCGCGUAACACACAAGCUUGCGGAGCGCAAACGGCGCAGUGAAAUGAAAGACUGCUUCGAAGCGCUCCGUCUGCGACUACCACCGGGGCAAACCAAUAAAUCCAGCAAAUGGGAAACGCUAACGCGGGCAAUUGACUACAUCGCCAUGCUCGAGAAAACAGUUGCGCAAUCGCAGCGCGACCGCGCCGUCAUGCAAUCCGAGAUGGAGGAAUUGCGCGCUCAACUGAACCAGCAAGCCAACGGUGCCUCUCGCCCGCCGUCCAUCUUCGAGCACCACCAAAUGAAUGGCAACCAAGGCAACGGUAUGCCGGGUCCUGUGUUCGGUGGCUUUGGCAAUGGCAAUGGCAACGUUGCCCAGGAGCAGCCGCGCACGUUACCACCACUAAUGAAUGCCCCUGUUGCUCCUAUGCAGGGCAUUGAGUAUGAACGACGGUAG